AUGAAUCUAAACGUCUGGACAGCAGCAAGUGAUGGCGAUAUGGCAAGUGUCAAAGCAUUUCUGGCAAGUGGUGGCGAUAUUAAUGCGAAGGAUGAAAACGGAUACACGCCUUUGCAGGCAGCAGUGAGCUACAGUCACAUGGAAUUGGUGGUGUUCUUGCUGGCUAGUGGAGCAGAGGUUCAAUUGGGAGACAAUGAGAUGGAUACACCCCUGCAUCGAUGCGAAACGGUUGAAUGUGCUAAGGUGUUGCUGGACCACGGGGCAGAGAUGAAUGUACGCAAUUCCGAAGGACAAACGCCGUAUGAUGUUGCUAUUGAGGACGAAAACGAAGAGCUCAAGACGUUGUACGACAAUCUCGGCGCUGAAAAGUCGAACAUGAUUGUGGAAGAGGAGGAGGACGGGAGGUUUCCAAAUGGCGUCGAAUGGGAAGAAUAG